CCUGCUAUGUGCGUUUCAGACCAGAGGGGAAACUGAAAAUAACCCAGUCAGGCUCCCUGCAGCUAGCCAUGGCCACAGAGAGCCCUGUAGGAAAGCUUGAAGAUGAAGUCACUUGUUCCAUCUGUUUGGAGUAUUUCAAAGCCCCGGUGUCUAUCCACUGUGGGCACAACUUCUGCCAAGCCUGCAUCGACCAGUGCUGGGGGGAGUCGGAGACAAACUUCUCCUGCCCCCAGUGCAGAGAAACCGCCCAGCAGAGAAACUGCAAGCCCAACAGGGAGCUGGGGCGUAUUGCAGAAAUAGCCAAGCAGCUGAGCUUGCGGGUGGCAGCCGGAGAGGAGGGGAGAGUGUGUGACCUGUAUGAGGAGGAUUUGAAAUUCUUCUGUGAAGAGGAUCGAAAACUAAUAGGUUUGAUCUACAGGGACCGUGAAGCUCACAAGUCUCAGCCUGUGGGUCCCACACCGGAGGCUGCUGCUAGGAAUUACAAGGUUAAAUUAUUGCUGUCUGUCCUCUUGCUACAGCUGCCACUGCUGCUGCUGCUGUUGCUACUCCAGUGGAACGUGGGUUUUGAGCGAGCAAUUCAGACUCAUAUGAAGGCUCUGACGAAGGAAAGCAUGUUGCUUCUGGCAUCUAAACUGACUGAAGAGAGGAAAAGCAAAGAGGCUCUGGAAAAGACAAACGUCGAGCGGCAGAAGAUUGUGGCUGAAUUUGAGCAGCUGCGGCAGUUUCUGGAGGAACAGGAGCGGCUCCUGCUGGCCCAGCUGGAAGAGCUGGACAAGGAGAUUGUGAAGAGGCAAAAUGCGAAUGGGGCUAAAUUCUCAGAGGACAUUUCAUUUCUCUGUGACCUGCUUGAUGAGAUAGAGAAGUACCAGCAGCCAUCGGCUAAUUUCCUACAGGAUUUCAUAAGCAUCUCAAACAGGUGGGAGAAGUGGAAGUCCCAGCAGCCAGGGGAGAUUUCUUCUGGGCUGGAAGAGGGAAUCCAUAUUUUCAUGAAGAAAUAUACCAUUCUAAAGAAGACUCUCCAGAAAUUCAAAGACACUCUGUCAUCUGAACUGGAAAGAGAAUGGGCAAAUGUGACUCUGGAUCCAGACACGGCUCAUGAGCUGCUCACCCUUUCUGAGGAUGGGAAAACCGUGAGCUGGGGUGGCUGGCACGUUCUGCCCCACAAUCCCAAGCGAUUUAAUUUGGCUCCCUGUGUGCUGGGCUGUGAAGGAUUCAUCUCGGGGAGACAUUACUGGGAGGUGGAGGUGGGGGAUGGGGGCGACUGGUGGGCUGUGGGGGUGGCCAGAGAGUCUGUGAGAAGAGAAGAAUGGAUCAGAUGUGACCCUGAGGAGGGGAUCUGGGCUCUGUCCCUUCACACGAAUCAGGACUUCGCUUUCACCUGCCCUCUGACCCUGAGCUGGAGUCCCAAGAGGAUCCGGGUUUCUCUGGAUUAUGAAGGGGGCCAGGUGGCAUUUUUUGAUGCCAAUAGCUGGGCCUCAAUCUUCACUUUCCCGCUGGCCUCUUUUGCUGGGGAGAGAAUCUUCCCAUUCUUCUGGGUCCAUGGCGACGAUUCCCAGCUCAGACUGUACCCAUGAGAUACAGGGCAGCUCAUGGACUAGGGCUCUGCCUUGCCAAUAUGAAGCUGGCAGAGUUACUGAGUUGGAUUUUCUUUUUCUCUCUCUUCUUUUUGCGUCUCUAACUUUUCAAAACUUCCUUAGUUUCAGAGAAGUUAGAGUGAAAGCUGGAAAGUGAGAGAGAAAAAAAUCAACCCCCAGAUAUCAUUGUCUAUUUUAUUCAAAGGGAAGGGGGGCCAGGAAAGGGAUGGGGGGAAAUCCAAAACUUCAAAAUUUCAGCAUAAACUAAUGAUUUUUUUUUGGACCAGCUCUAGGCAGAACCAUACAGAGCACGAAAAUUGGAGACUAAAGAAACCCAGUUAUUUUUUCUUGGUGCGAAUAUCCAACUUGAUGGUUUCUAUCUACUAUGACAGUGGUCCCCAAACUUUUUACCUCAUGGCCCCCCCUUACUCCUGUCUGCACCCCCCCCCCCUCACUGGAGCUGGGGCUGGGAGAAGGGCUGCAGCUCUUGCUGCAGGGAGGACAGGGUAAAGGGGACGAGGCUGGGGCCACAGCUGGGGCCAGGAGCGGAGCUGGGUGGCGCUCCCUCCCCAUCCCCUGUGGCAGCUGGCCCGGGCCCCAGCUCUGCUCCCCCAAACAUUCCUCCAUGUGCCCCUAGGGGGGUGCACCCCACUGUUUGGGGAUCUCUGUCCUAUAAUAGUGGAGGGGUAGAGAGUCGGAUCAUCAGCAGGGGCUGACGGGAGCUUGGCCCUGUCAGAACCUUGGAGAACAGGAAGAAAUCAGGCUAGGCAAACACAACUGCCUGUGGAAACAGGGGAAGGCGGGAUCUGGGAAGGGGAGCCCCCAGGAGGGAGUUGAGAAGAAACCUUCCAGGUGCAAUUGGAAUCUAGGUCACUCUGUGUUUCUGGGACAAUGGGGUGGAAUGUUCCCAGAGACCGGUAGAGCUCUAGACUUAGUGUGUCCCAUAUGCAGGCCACACAGCCACCCUGGUCUCUGAGCCUCUGGUCUGUGGUUUAGGGGACCACCAAUCUCACUGCAAAGAGACAGAGACGGGGAAAUGCACAGGCCAGAGCCGCCAAGUCCACUGCCCCAGCUUGUGCCCAUGAUGCCUGUCUGUAUUUCACCCCCAUGUGAGGAACUGGUGUCCAGGCCAGUGAACCUGACCUUUGCAUGCCCUCCCCUCUUGAGUUGGGGAUGAUGCAGGGGUGCCAAUUAGGGGAAGCAAGAGGGGGUGUGACACCCCACCCCCCCGAGUUUCAUACAGGAGGUGUGCGAGCUCCCAGGUGGAGAUCUUAACUACAGCGCAGCAUUAGUGUGAAAUGUAAGUUCCGCAUCUUUGUGCGGAAGUAUGGAGUUGUGGUUACCUGACUACAAUAUGACCAUAUAGAGCAUUUUUGCAACCACUGUUAUAUAUUUGCAGCAAAUCUUGUACAAAGGUUGUCAAAUGAGGUGUCUAUGAAAAGGUUAUGAUUUGCUGGUUAUGCUUAUGCUAUCUGUGUGCAUGUUUCAUUUUUGUAUGUGAAGCGAUAAGUAUCAGCUCUAUACUUGGAUUGCAAA